GUUCCACCUGUACAGGCUUCAUUUUUUUAAGCCAGAUGUUUGGCUGCUGUGUCUCUGACAGAAGGAAUCAUGCCAGCUGGAGGCACACUCUUCCCAGGGUCUCUGGUGGCUAGGACAGAGUUGAGGCCACUAAUGUUGAGAUGCUGAGGUGGCUUUGCAUCCUUCAAGGAGGAUCUCCCCCAGCAAUGACCUCCUCCUUGCUCCUGGCUCUUUUGUUCCUAACUGCAGCCACAGUGGCCAACCUCAAAACUGGUGCUACAUGUCCAGCGUGUUGGGGGGCCACCUUUGACCUGGAGAGCCAGCGGGAGCUGCUUCUCGAUUUGGCCAAGAAAAGUAUCCUGGAAAAGCUGCAUCUCCGCCAGCGCCCCACACUGAGCCGGCCUGUGUCCAGAGCUGCUCUGAAGACGGCGCUGCGACACAUCUGUGGGCCUCAGCAGGAAACCCCACUGGAGCAUGACCAGGAACAAGAAUAUGAGAUCAUCAGCUUUGCUGACCCAGGCCUCUCCAGCACCAACCAGACUCGUCUCAGUUUCCACUUCUCUGAUAGAACUGCGGGUGGCAUGAAGGUCCGGCAGGCCCACCUCCUGUUCUUCGUGCAGCUCUCUUCCAAUACCACCCAGACCGUGAGCAUAAGAGUCCUCGGGCUGAGACCACAAGACGCCAACCUCACCCUGACGAGUCAUUACCUGCUGCAGGUGGGUGCCAGCGGCUGGCACCAGCUUCCCCUGGGGCCCGAAGCUCAGGCUGCUUGCACCCAGGGCCACCUCACUCUGGAACUGGUCCCUGAAAACCAGGUGGCCCACGGUUCAGUGGUCGUGGAUGGGGUUUCCCACAGGCCUUUUGUGGCUGCCCGGGUAAGAGUUGAGGGCAAGCGGCGGGUGCGCCGACGAGGUAUGGAUUGCCAGGGAGGGUCCAGGAUGUGCUGCCGACAAGAGUUCUUUGUAGACUUCAGGGAGAUUGGCUGGCACGACUGGAUCAUCCAGCCUGAAGGCUACGCUAUGAACUUCUGCAUGGGGCAGUGCCCACUGCAUGUGGCAGGUAUGCCUGGCAUCUCUGCAUCCUUUCACACUGCAGUGCUUAAUCUGCUCAAAGCCAACACGGCUGCCGGCACCUCUGGCAGGGGUUCAUGCUGUGUGCCCACAGCUCGGCGCCCUCUCUCUUUGCUCUACUAUGACAAGGACAGCAACAUCGUCAAGACGGACAUACCUGACAUGGUGGUAGAGGCCUGUGGGUGCAGUUAGCCUAUGUGUGAUAAAGGCAGCCCAAGGCAGAGUGGGCAGAGAUGGCCUUCCAAAUAUGUCCUUCCUCAGAAGGAGGGGUGACUCCAUUCCUGGCUCUGAUGAGAAUGUAAGCGCCUUCUUUCUAAGAGAGCAGGCACCCUUCAGUCACCUGCAGGAAACCCACAUCUAAAGAGGGUCACUGGUGACCACCAGCCUUUCUCGCUCCUGGGACAUGAUUGACUCAAUACAUCCCUCAUCCUCAACCCUAGUCCAGGGGUUAAUCCACUGUUAACCACAUGCAGACCCCUUAGCUCACCCUUAAUCAACGGUAAUCUACUCUGCCUCCCUGCCUCUGCCCCCCCCCCCGUGGCUUCCAUUCCACGGUGAUGCACCCUAGCAACUUCCCUUGAAUUCUAUGGCUCUCUAAAGAACCCUUCCUGGGGUUCACCAAAGAAUAGAUUGCUGUCUUCCAGAGCAAGGCUCAUCUCUCAAAUCUUGAGACCCUUGCCCAAACAUACAACAAAUACUCUCUGUGUAGCCUCCACUGUCCCCGUCCUCUGUCCUCCUUUGCCCUUGGGGACUGACACACCUGAGUCUCAUCAUUUGAAGUCUCCUGUCCUCUAGCUUCCAAAUGAGUUUGACCACAGAGAGACAUCAUUUGGAAACUAAAGCCUGGUAUGAUACAGAAUUCCGAAAAACUCCAGCAGGCACAGUGGCUCACCUGCAUAAUCCCAGCACUUGAGAGGCUUGAAGUGGGAGACCUACCUAAAGGUUGAGGUCACCUAGCUCUAGGCUGCCCUGGGCUACACUGUUAAGACCUUGUCACAAAGUAAAGGAGGGGAGACAAAAAGAAUAUUUCUUAUUCCUGCUUCCCACUUGUUUACCAGCCGUGUAAUCGUGCCCACAUCAUAUUAUUGUUCCAAUACUAAGAAGUCCUGAUGGCUUGUCCUUUUUCUAGUCUGGUGUUUGAACAUCAAUUCACUAUGUAGAGCAGGCUUGCCUAAAACUCUCAGCGUCCAUCUGCCUCUGCUAGGAUGAAUGGUCUUCACCACCAUGCCCAGCUUUGAACAUAGUUUUUGUUGGUCCCCUUAACCCCAUAACUCACUAAGUCCUCUUGAGAUAGCUCAAAGGGUCCUUGUUUACUAUAAGGACCUUCCCCGACGCCCCAGAAACUGGAGCUUUCCUCUCUCUUCCCACAGACUUCUCCACUGAGCUGUUCCACCCAUCUCAUAUUUCAUGCCUCUUCUUCCUCACUCUCUCUCUCCAGAACUGUCUUUCAAUGGCUUCAUGCCUAAUAAUGAACUAGCUUUUGCCUGAACCUCAUCUCCCUCUGUACUUGUUCCAAGAGAUGAGACAAAUCAAUAAUCGAUUUCCAAGUAAGCAACGUUGGCCACAUAGGGUGGGAGGCAGAGGCAUUCUUGCAGCCAGUGCCAGAACUCUGGCUCAUCUUCCUUUCACACACUCUUAGAGUUGUUGCCAAGAGUCCUGCCUAGAAGCUUAGUGGGACAAGAAGAGGAGGGCCUAGGGUAAGGAGAGGGCGGCAUUUACUCUGAGAUCUGGUCCUCCUUCAACCUUUGCCCUUCUUUCCUCACAUCUCCUCCCUCUGGCUGGACAGCCCUGUAUCAUGGGGUCGAUAAUGUCUGCAGCCCAAGGCCAGGUUUGCGCAAAACCCACCUGUCCUCUGGGUAAUGUGAUGUCUGUGUUUGCUCAACAUAUAAUCCCCUCCCACCAGAGUAGGAGGUCCCUGUAGUGGAAAAGGCAAAAGAGAAGGCCUGCAAGGAACCUUCUGGGGAGCUGCAAGUCUCAGCUGUGGGGUUUCCUAAGCAGGGCCAUGGAUGUCAUCCCAGCUCUGACUUGAGAAGAUCCCCAUCAAAAAAGGCUUCAUGGUGUCUCUUCCUCUCCAUUUUGUGCCCCACUUUCACCCCUCUCUCAGCUCUAGUUUCUUCGCUUAUAGUGGCAAUUUCUGUGGCCAGGACCAAGACCAGGGUAAGGCAGAGCGAGAUAGUUGCCUGAUGGGCAAAACUUUAAGGUGAAGGCAAAUAAUUCAUCAAAGGAGAAAACCCAGAAUUUUAAUGAAAGAUUUUCAGACAUCAAAGUGAAUGCUACAAAUCCACAAUGAACAAAAGAGCAUAUUUAAAAAUAAACACAAGCUCCAUGUUA